GUUUUCAGGUGUAGAAAUGAAUCCUAGCUGUUCAUUCCUAGUAAUCUUGAUUUUCUUGGCUUUGGAAGACACAAAACAUUUGGUUGUUUGCGAAGACAAUUCUGAUAUAUUUGAAUACUACUACGUUGACGGUGAUAACACAACAUCCGAGAUUGUAGAUGAUGAUGCUGGUUAUGUUGAAGAGUAUGAUGAUGAAGAAGAUGCUUUUGAUGACCCAGCAGAUUUCGUUUAUCAAGAUGAAACUAAGGAUGUCAAAUUUUCCCCUGAAGGAUACUCCAACGGCAAAGGGGAUUACGACGGUGUGCUUCCUACCAAAAAUUUUACAAAGCAGAACGCAGAGAUUCUCUACAGUGAUAAACUUUACAAUACAAGCAAAUUGCCUGAUCCCGUGCAAAACUUGGUGAAGGAUUCGACCAAGAGAGCUUUAAGUGAGUUUAAAGCAGAUGAAGACUUGUACAAUAAUCCAAAGUUCUUCAAGGGGUUCUACAAGAAGUGGACUCCAGAAAGUGUCGCAGCUGGGAAGGAUGCCAGACUUCUUGAAACUGCAAUAUCAAGUCUAGAAAACAGAUCCAGAACUGCUGGUAGUGAUUACUCAAGCCAAGAUUAUGGUACAGCAGAAGAAUUGAAAAAUGUCACAAAGGUAGAUAAGAUCAAGUUGAUCCUGAAUGAAUUACUAACUUUGGCUGAUAAUGAACAAGGACAAGAUUAUCAGGAUAACGGUAGUGGUGAGGAAGAGCAAUCUAAGCACACGGCUCAGUCUUGUCAAAGAAACUCUGAAAUCCGAUGUCAACCAUCCAGCAAGUAUAGAGCAGAGUCUGGAGAGUGUAAUAAUCUACAGAAUUCUCUCUGGGGGAAAGCUAACUCAGCUCAAACUCGUCUCUUCCCGGAUCUAGUCAGCUAUGAAGAUGGGAUUGGAAGCCCAACUGCAACAGUAACAUUAAAAGGCCAAGAUAGAAUUUAUCUCCCUAAUCCUCGUCUCGUCAGCAAAAGAGUUCAUGAAAACAAGAAAGAAAGAAAUAUACCAAGUAAGAAGAUUACUCAUAUGGCAAUGCAGUUUGGACAGUUUCUGGAUCAUGAGUUAACCCUGACUCCAGAACCAGAACUUGAAUGCUGUGCUCCUGAGAUAAUUAGCAAAUCUAGAUGUUUUCCAAUCAGGUUGAAUGGAAAAGGUAUGAUUGAUAUGGAAACUGAUGAAAUUCAUCUUUUAUCUAAGCCUAGAAAACAUCAAAAUUGCAUUGCUUUUUCAAGGUCAGACCCUGCCUGUGAUACUGGUACUGGUGAUUCUGUACGACAGCAGCUGAAUUCAAUAACUGGUUUUAUAGAUGGCUCUGCCAUCUACGGUAGCUCAGCUGCUCUCACAAACCAUCUUAGGUAAUGU